AUGCUUUUUAAAAUUUUAUUAAAUUUGAUCUCGCUUUCCAGUUGUUUUCGUAAUUUUAUAUCCGAUGAUGAUUUUUGUACACAUCAAGCUAAUAUUUCUGUAAAUUAUCCAAAGCCCAGCUCAUAUGCUGAUUUUUCAGUAAAUUUAUUUGAAAAGGCUGAAAUAGAAGCCGUAAAUCCCAGGAUUCCUUUCCGGAAACGCAAGCCGCCUCCCGUUUACAUCCUUGAUGACCCUUUAUCUGAUUUUAGGAUAAAAAAUUUUGGAAAGACCAGAAAUUCCAUACCUUUAAACUUAACUUCCUUGCCAAUUGUCCAAAUAGAGCAUCAAGAUAAGAAUAAGCUUGUUCCUUUCAAGGAUGGAAGGGAGAUUCUUUCAUUUUACGCUAAUAAAUUGACCUCAUUUCUGUCAAAUUACAGAGAAUGGUCUGAAGCUUAUGAUCCUGAACCAGACGAUUUCGAGGAACUUGAGAUUUACAACCCACUCAAACCUAACAGCUACUAUGCCGUAGUUUUCUACUGCGCAUGGCAGUCUGAAUCUAUCGCACUUUUUAAGGCAGUGAGGCAACUUUUGGGCAACUAUUACUUCAAACGAGAUCCUCCAAUAACUCACGAGAAAAAAAGAGAAACUUUGGAAGAACUCCAGGCGCGGUAUGAGAGACGAGAAAAGCUGAGAAAAGAGUACGAGAAGGAGGUUGAAAAGGCCAAAAAAAUGAACCUACCACCCCCUCCUGAGCCUAACUAUGACAAUAUUCAACCAGUUAAAUUCAUUUUAACAAUUUCAGACUUGGAACAGACUCUCAAAAUCUUGGAUUUUUCUCAUAAGAAGUACGACUUUAACUGGUGGAUGCCCAUGUUUGGUCAGAUAAUGUACAACAGGGUAGUUGACAGAGCAUUUAACGAGCUUUACAACACCAGUUACAAGAAUGUGAAAUCAGCUGAGGAAAGAAAAAAAUACAGACUGUUGGACAAGGAGAGGAUUAUAAAAAUUGAUAAAAUAGACGAUAAUAGGCCUGUGAACCUGAACUUUGUCUUUGUUAGGCUUGCCAACUCGAUGAUGUUGUCAAAUUCAAAGAGGGGGUUGAAGCGUCACAAGAAUUUUAUCCAGUGCCAUGAGAAGGAGUUUAGAUAUAACGAGAUAAUGCUCCGUCUUCUAAUAGAGCAGGAACUUUACUACGAGAAUAUGCCCGUAAUUCAGCUUUUCAAAUGUGUUCGGCCUGAAAACUCACUUCCCUUUGUCUAUGGAUCCAAGACUAACCAGGCUAUUCCAUUUAACAGUCACUUGACAUUUUACAAGAAGAACCCAUUUGAAAUAUCACAACACGUUAAUUAUGGUCUUCCAGUUCUCCGGAAGUGCAAUCACUUGUCAAUUUCAGACGAUUUUACUCACCUAGGUAACUUCAUGGACCUCACAUCACUGAAGCCGGUUGACUCUUUCGACCUACUGUUUCAGUCUGAUUUAGACUUUUUGGAUCUUUUCACCAAGACUAGGGACAUGAGCAAGGACGACAUGGCUUUCAUUGAGCCUGUUUUCCACUCACUCUCACUUAUGUACAAAUUCCAACUCAUGAAAAUAGUCCAAGCAAGACCCAAGAAAGAGGAAUAUGUAAUCUUAAACCCUUAA